CUGCCGACUUUAUUGGUGGUAGUUGGUUAAUGUGGGAUAGGAGUAUAUAACGCUACCUGUGCUUGGCAGCGCUAUAGCCGUGAGGGACAGAGCUGUGACACUACCUGGGCAUCCCCAUGUGUAUCACUGAGACGUGUGAGCCGGGGAGAGCCAAUGGGCGCACUGUAUACACAGCACCUGGCGGCUCCACUCACCUUACAGCCAAUUGCAGAAGCCGUUGCACUUGCUGCGGGAGGUAAAGCGCUGGAGUGCUUUUCCAGAGCCAGUUACCCAGUUAGGACCUCAUGAAAAUCUUCGAGGAACCUGCGGACACAGAGAUUAUGGACACGGAGAAGAAUGAAAAAAUCCUUUUUCUCACACUAAAGAUUGUUUCUCUGCUGACUGGAGAGGAUUAUAUUGUUCUGAGACAAUCUGAAAAUCACCCCAAAAACAGAUGCAAGGUGUGUAUGUUGGAAGGAUUCUGCAAGCACCACACCCCACCUUUGGGUCAUUCCACAUUCAGGGAAAGCGGCAAGAAGAUUCUGGGACUUAUAAACAAUAUUAUUUUCCUACUGACUGAAGAGGUCACUGUAAGGUGUGAGGACGUUUCUGUGUAUUUCUCCAAGGAAGAAUGGGAGUAUUUACAUGAGAAUAAGGCCCUAUACAGUGAAGUAAUACAAAAGAAGUCAUUACCUUUAUACUUAUUGGACUGGGAAAACGAUUUUGAUUCUAAGGAUAAUCUAAACGCAGAAUACAGUUGGGAUGAUAUCCCAUGCAACAGUGAAGAUAUGGCUGACGAGUUAUCCUAUGAAGAAGAAACCCUCCUAAACUCUGCGAUUUCCCCUGCAGGACAGAAUUCAGCAGAUUAUGUAACAAAUAACGUGUACAGCAAAUCUGUUUUAUAUGAAGAUGGAACACAAACGUGCCCAGAUAUCAGCAUUAUAACCAUUACGGAGCACAUGAAGAUACCCAAUACAGCCACUGAUAAAGCAUGCAGCCUAAAUACCCCUUUGUCAGAAAUAAAAGGCAAAGAAAAUGGUAAAAUUAUUACUAACAAGUCCACCUCUGCUUCUCCACUUAAAAAAUACACAAAGGCCACAUAUACCUGCGGUUUGUGCCAGAAGCCUUUUCCCUGUAACAGAGAUCUUAUCAGGCACCAGAAAUUCCACACCGGAGAGAAACCAUUCUCAUGCUCCGUGUGUGGGAAAUGUUACAGAGACAAUGCGCUCCUCAUUCGGCACCAGAGAAUUCACACUGCCGAUAGGCUAUUCCCCUGCUCUGAUUGUGGGAAGUUCUUUGUGGAUCACUCCCAGCUGCUUAUUCAUCAAACAAGUCACACUGGAGCAAAACGACACUCUUGCGCCGAGUGUGGCAAAUGGUUUCACUAUACAUCCGCUCUUAUAAAGCACCAGAGAAUCCACACCGGGGAGAAGCCGUUUUCCUGUUCUUUUUGUGGGAAGCGCUUUAAUGACAACUCCAUUCUGACAAGACACGAAAGAAUUCACACAGGAGAGAAACCAUUUUCCUGUACGGUAUGCGGCAAAUGCUUCACGCGCCGCUCACACCUAAGCGAGCAUCAGAGAAGCCACACGGGUGAGACGCCGUUUAUCUGCUCUGAGUGUGGAAUAAGCUUUGGGCGGCAAAGACAUCUGAAAGCUCAUUUUAGAAUUCACACAGGUCAAGCCCCUUUAUCCUAAUAUGGGAUUAUUCUUGACGUGGGUGCAUUACUGCAGAUGUUAUGGUCAAAAUGCAGUACAUUAAAGAUAUGAUGGCUUAUUUACAAUGCCCCACACAAUCACCACUACAUGGGACACUAUACAAAUAGCUGCAAGCCUCUGUGCUCUGUUUUGGAGAAUGGAGAUUUGCAUUUUCUUCACUAAUACAGUGCUGACUUAAUGCUGUAUUAGUGAGGCACUCAGUGUAGAGUGUCCAGGGGGGAACAAGUCUUUAAAAUAUAUGAAAGUGCAAGUGCGUGAUGCUUAAUGCUCGUUUUUUUAAGCACUAAGCACCCCCAGGGUUAUUUUGGGGAUAUUUUGUUUUUUAACUUAUACAAAUACACUAUUAGCCCCUAAGGGAAAAAAAAUGAUUUUGGCCCAUUUAUAUGUAUUAUUUAUGAAUACCUGUUAUCAUAAAAAUAUUUUUAUUUAACGUCCUAUUUAUAUUUCCCAAUAAGUGUGGACAUUACCAUACACUGUGAAGAAGCAAAAAUACAUAUCAAUAAACCCAUGGCCAUAGUGACAUCUCAUGCAAAAGUCAGACAUAGCUGUACUGUCCUUGUUUUAAGGUGGCCAUACCCUUGACUGAUACUCAUUUUCAGCAUGCAGGCCCAAUGCACACCUUAUUAUUAUUAUUCCAUUUGCUCAUGUCAACAGCUUCAGCAAAUGGAAACACAAAGAUGCACUUUGCAUUGGUCAACAUGGUGCGUGACGGAUGAACCGACUGAUAUCCCGAUGGCUAGUAUUAUUCACCCAACAUACAUAUAGUGAAAAACAUACAAAAUGAUUGUAUGGGUACAAGUAUGGUUGGCUUUCAUAGUAAAAGAAGACUUGCCAAAUGUUUUUAAAACUGCCUGUAUGGUACAAUUUCUCUUUACCAUGACUAUAUGGCAUGUAGAGUUGGCACACCACAAACACAGGUAUGAAUGCCUAGGGCAGGCCUGUAUACUUACCAUGAAAUGGUAUUUUCUUUUUUUCAAGAUAAAGAUUUCUUAUUAAACAAACAUUGAGGAUUCUGUAAUCCUUACAGCACUUCAGCAUGGUUUAGAGGAGCCAAUUAGAAGUAAGUGGCUGUACCGGUCAGACUGCCCCAUCUGCAGCCAUAACUCAUUGCAGGAGUAUAUGCUUUGCAUAACAUAUUCCAUGAGAUAAGGGACAGUGCUGAGCCCAGCAAGAGGCCUUGAAGCAAUGGUUGGAACUACAUCUGUGAAGGGUUUCAGUUCAACCACAACUUUUUUAAUGGACUAUUUUCACAUUUUUUUAGAAUUUUGACUUCUGAAAUGUUUGCCAUGUUGAGCAAUACUGUAAUUUUAUAAGCUAUUUGGGGUUUGCAGAUAAAGGUUUGGAUAGUCUGUGUAUGUGCUUGUUGAACCUUUUAGUUUGCUGUCUGUACACAUAAUUUGUGUGUGUUAAACUUGACAUAUGUGCUAUGUGUGUGUAUCUACAUUACUGUAUGAAUUACUGUACCAUGCACACAGGUUUGUUUUCAUUAUAAUGUUGGUUUUCAUGAUGUACAGAAUUAAAUCUUCAGUGGUGUAUAUAAAAGCCAGACUUGUCCCAAAAUUCAUACAGCUUAGUAUUUCCCAUGGGAAAGUGUUAAUUGCUGCUAAAUACUUGUCUCUCAACAAUAUUGCAGCUCAGUUCAGAAAUGUGUGAAAUUCUUUCAUUCUUUCACCUUACUUACCGAUAGGAAACCUUGCAUGUUUCAGCUAUAGCGGAAAUGCAGUGUAUGCUGGGAGUUCUACUUUUACAACAUGGUUAUAUUGGGUUGAAUUAAAGCCAACUUUUCCUCAGUGCUGCCACUGAGGAACAGUUAUCCCAAACUAGGAGGCAUUCACGAUUUGCAACCCUCAAGGCAGGCCUGGACUGGCAAUCUGCCCAUUCGGUCAAAUGCCCAAUGGGCCAUUCCUGUCUGCUGCUUCCUGCACAAGAUGGCACAGAGCUUAUGCCAAUGCCUAUCACUGGGACACAACAGUUCUGGGAGAUGUCACUGCAUGCUCUCUAUCUAGAUCAUUGAAUACCAUCUUCCUGUCUCUCCACUACUGAUGCUGUUUUAUACUCAUUUUGUUGGUUGCUUAAGCAGGUAAGUCAGUGGUGGGGAUUCUCCUACAACUUAUUCUGAUUGCACAAGUAACAGUGUAAUUGUUAGGCAGUCCACUGCCAUUGCAAAUAGUGUAUUUUCUAACCACACUGCACAAUACCUUUUGUAUUUUAUUUCAGUAAUUAUAUAAAAUUUUUGGUGGUUUUGAUGCAGUGUUUAGUUUUUAGUGUUUUAGCCAUUUUAUUACAUUUUCAAGCCUGCAUAGGUGGUGGUCGCUUGUUUCUGUCCAUAAAACUUAUUUGGCCAAGGAAAAAUAUUAAACUGUGGUUCUGAUUACACUACGCAAAAAAAAAAAGCAUUGAUUUUAGUGGUUAUAUUGAAUGUUGGCGAUUUUUAUUGCAUUCUGCGUUGUUCUUUGUUACUUACUUUUACACAUGGAAAUUGUGUCUGCUAUAUAUCCAUUUGGGUGCCUCUGCACGCCACACUUUGGAAAAUCUAUGCAGUAAUAAUUUGGACAUUAAACUAUACAGUAGGCCCUAGUGUUCAAAUUUAGGAUAUUUUAUGUUGGUGCAUUAUGGGGUAAAAUGCAAGUGUUUUUCAGAAAUUUCAUAAAAAACACUAUGAAAUAUGGUCUUAUGAAUCAGUUUUCGAGUUUGUAAAUUUGAGAGUUACUAAUUCGAAUAAACUUGAAAAAAAUUGAA